GCGUCCUUCAACUCUUCGUGACCUCCGACCACCACUACGACUGCGUCAGACCUUCUCGCGUUCACGGGAAGGGAGAGCAGUGACAUCUACGCGGCUGAGAAUCGUCCAUCAUGAGCCGUCCACUCGACUGGCUUAGACAGGUCCCACAAAUACCUCUCACGGCGUCGGGUCUGACUAUCGCGUCCGUCAGCCAAAGCCCUUGGCUCGACUCCCUGGUCAUACCAGCGUACUGUGCCGUUCUUUCUGGUACAUUGCUUCUGUUCCCUGCCGUCGGCAACGCCCUUCGCAAAAGAAAAUCACCCGGCGGCAGUCUAGAAUCAAGCGCUCAGGCACCACCCCCGCCUUCUUUCCUUCGUCGACGCGUAGAAUCUGUGGGCAGCGUCACGAUCUUUCUUUACAGAUUCCUGCAGCUCUUGAGCAUCCUCGCGUUGCUUGUGUUGUCGGUGCUCGUCCCUUUACGUGAUGCCAGUCUACAUGCGCGCGUUGUUGGCCCGUUUGCCGCGAUCGACAUCAUUCAGACGGUCCUCUACGCCUACCUCACCAUACUUGCCAGUGUCGCUACGUUUGGUAGUGCCAAGGUCGUAUUCCGCGCGUUCGUUCACGCGUCGCUCAUCCUCUCGGUGGUUUGGGGCGUGUACAUGUACCGCGAUGUCUGGCCCUCGGCGACUGUAGACCUGUCGAUGGCGGACGCAAACGAAGGGAUACUUCUAUGGGUCAAGGUCGGCCUCCUCUCGUUCAGCGGGGUGUUCAUCCCACUAUUCUGCCCACGCAACUACGUCCCCGUCUACCCAGAGGACAAGCUAGAGCUGCAUCCGGAGCAGACGGCAUCGCUGUUGUCGUUGCUCACCUACAUCUACGUAGAGCCGCUCAUCUGGCUCGCGUGGCGUCUCCCGCGGUUGACGUACGAGAUGCUGCCGCCACUGCCCGAGUACGAUCACCUGAAGAAUCUGGUUCGACGUACUUUCCCUCGUCUGGACCCGAUGCAGAACAAGUCCCGUAGACAUCUUGCACUUGAUUUCAUCAGCGUUUUCCGAAUCGAACUCCUGAACCUGGCUGCCAUGUCGAUCACUGCUGUGCUCGCUGCGUUUGCCGCGCCGAUCAGUAUCAACCAACUUCUCAGUUAUCUCGAGUCAGACAGGAAAGAAACUCAUGUCCGGCCUUGGUUCUGGAUUGCGCUGUUCUUCUUCGGCAGAGUGUUCAAAGACAUCUCCGACCAGUGGUUCAUGUACCACCAGUCGCGUUUGAGCGUGCGCAUCCAGGCGAUCAUUACAGAGCUCGUCUUCGAGCAUGCCCUGCGUGUACGCAUGAAGGCGGAAACGUCCGACUCGUCUGCAGCGACGCCGAGCGCUGCCAGCACCGCCGUCGCGACCCCCGACAGUGCGUCUCAAGUCGGCACCGAUCAAGGUGACGAGGACAGUACCGAGGGUACGGCGGAGCACUCUGCGACUACGAGCUCGAGCACGGCGGUGCCCCCGAGUGCGGCUAGUUCCAUCAAAGGGAAAGGUAAGGCCUCCCCGGAGAACAAAUCGCCCGCGAAGAAAGAGGCCGAACCCGCCAAGGCAGACGAGAAGCGCGGCAACAAGCACCUCGUCGGGAAGAUCAAUAAUUUGGUCUCGAGCGACCUGAGCAAUUUCGAGAACUUGGGCAUGUUCACUGUCUUCAUCACGAUCGAGUCACCCUUUCAGGUCAUGCUCUGCAUCCUGUUUCUGUACCAGAUUCUCGGAUGGAGCGCUCUCGUUGGGUUUGCCACGAUGAUCGCCACACUUCCGCUCCCCGGGUAUGUCACGAAGCACAUCCAGGGCGCCCAGCGCGAGAAGAUGAAACGGACCGAUGCUCGUGUACAGACGGUCACAGAGAUGAUGAACGUCAUCCGUAUGGUGAAGCUGUUCGGCUGGGAGCCGCGUAUGGCAGCACAGCUCGACAAGAAGCGUGAAGAGGAGCUCGUGGCGGUGCGCAGGAGCAAGCUGCUUAAUCUGAGCAUCAACAUGUGCAACUAUAUGAUCCCUGUCGUGAUCAUGCUGUCUACGUUCUUCACCUACACUGUGAUCAUGAAGCAGGAGUUGACAGCGUCCCGAGUUUUCUCUGCGAUGUCUGUCUUCGAUAUGCUUCGCAUCGACCUGCAUGCAUCGUUCUUCAUCAUUCCCCAACUUAUACAAGCGAAAGUCUCGAUGGAGCGACUCUCCGACUUCUUGCGGAACACGGAGCUCAUCGACGAGUUCGACACGGACAAGGAACCUGAAGCCGCCGAGAUCCUGUCAAACGUGGCGCCGGAAUACAAGGACGUUAUCGGCAUCCGACAUGCCUCGUUCACUUGGUCCAAGGACUCCGCGCCUUCGCAGACACCGGGCGGGACACGCAAACGGGCGUUCGUGCUCAGCGUCGACGACGAGCUCAUCUUCCAGAAAGGCAAGAUCAAUUUGAUCAUUGGCGCUACCGGCGCGGGGAAGACGUCGCUGCUGAUGGCCUUGCUUGGCGAGAUGCACUACAUUCCUGCCGGUCCGGACUCGUUUGUGAGCCUUCCCAGGGAGGGUGGCGUCGCGUAUGCCGCGCAGGAGUCUUGGGUGCAGAAUGACACGAUCAGGAACAACAUCGUCUUCGGGGCGCCUUACGACGAGGUUCGGUAUCAAGCAGUCCUCGAGCAAUGCGCAUUGAAGCGUGAUCUCACCCUGUUCGACGCUGGAGACCAGACCGAGGUGGGCGAGAAGGGUAUCACGCUGAGUGGUGGCCAAAAGGCUCGAAUCACGCUGGCUCGCGCGGUCUAUUCUUCCGCGGAGAUUCUUCUCCUCGAUGAUAUCCUGGCGGCCCUUGAUGUGCACACUUCCAAAUGGAUCGUCGACAAGUGCCUCAAAGGAGAGCUCCUUCAGGGGCGUACUAUCAUCCUAGUCACGCACAAUGUCGCUAUGGUCAGCCCUGUGGCGGACUUCGUGGUGGACAUGGGCUCGGACGGGCGCAUCUUGAGCCAAGGCUCCCUCGCCAGCGCGCUAGAGCGCGACUCGAAACUGCUCAAGGAGGUAAAGGAAGAGCGUGCGGAGAUCGAGAAGGCCGAGCAGGAAAUCGCCCCUGAGAAGAUCGAGGACACGGAAACCAAGCAGAGCGCGGGCAAGCUUGUUGUUGCGGAGGAGAUGGAAGACGGACACGUCGGGUGGUCUGCUUUAAAACUCUACAUCGGCAACAUGUCAAAAAGGCCGGUCCUAUUCUGGCUUAUCUACAUGUCUGGGCACAUUGCAAGGCACAUGAUCAGCAACAUUCAGACUUGGUAUCUCGGUUACUGGGCUUCCCAGUACGAGACUCAUCCGGCGAGUGAGGUCCAAGUAGGACACUACUUGACUGUGUACACGCUCCUAGUGGCGGCUGGAAUGUUGGCCGCCGCAUUUUGUGUGUUCUACUACGUCUUCGGAAGCAUCAGGUCUGCCAGGAUCGUCCACCAAAGGCUUAUUACCUCGGUCCUGGGCACUACUCUCCGCUGGCUAGAUAAGACGCCGACUGCCCGCAUCAUCGCACGGUGUACCGAAGACAUCCAGACGCUGGACAACAGAAUUGCGAGAGCGACCGAAGUCCUCGUAGAAAUGGUGGUUUAUGUGCUCUUGAAGAUGUUCGCCGUCGUCCUCUUCUCGCCUAUCUUCAUUAUCCCGGCCAUCAUGGUCGCCGUCGCAGGUGGCGCCUGUGGCAACGUAUUCAUGAAAGCGCAGCUGUCCGUCAAGCGCGAGAUGAGCAACUCCAAGGCGCCGGUAUUGAGCCACUUCGGUGCUGCUAUCGGAGGUAUCACGUCCGUCAGGGCAUAUGGUGCUCAGGAGGCCUUCAAGCGGAUCUCAUACACCAGGAUCGAUAGGUGCACCCGUGUAUCUGUUACCCAUCAAAACCUCAACCGGUGGGUGACGGCACGCAUAGACCUAGUUGGAACCCUCUUCGCGACCAGUCUCGCCAUCUACCUCACGUACAUAUCGAAGAUGAGCGCGUCCGAUACUGGUUUCUCGUUGAACAUGGCCACGGCAUUCAGCACAGUCAUCUUCCAAGUAAUCAGGAUGUUCAACGAGUUCGAGAUUGCAGGUAACAGUCUGGAGCGUAUUCAACAGUAUCUGCGCAUCGAACAAGAGCCGAAGAAUACCCCUGAGGGUGUGCCGCCUGCGUAUUGGCCGGCCAGUGGAAACCUCUCAGUCGAGAAGCUCUCUGCGCGCUACUCGGAAGAUGGCCCGAAAGUUCUGCAAGACAUAUCUUUCGAGGUGGCCUCCGGAGAGCGCAUUGGUAUCGUUGGUCGUACUGGAAGCGGAAAGAGCUCGCUCACCCUCUCGUUGCUGCGCUGUAUCCUGACGGAGGGUAACAUCCGGUACGAUGGGUUGCUAACUGAAAAGGUCAACCUGGACGCUCUGCGCUCAAACAUGACUAUCAUUCCUCAAGUGCCGGAACUUCUCAGCGGCACCCUCCGCCAGAACCUCGAUCCGUUCUCGGAGCACGACGACGCCGUGCUCAACGAUGCGCUGCGCUCCGCCGGCCUGUUCAACCUUCAGAACGAGGAGGACCAGUCCCGGAUCACGCUCGACACGGAGAUCGCGGGUGGUGGCGCAAACCUGUCUGUUGGACAGCGUCAAAUCCUCGCUCUCGCGCGCGCGAUUGUGAGGAGGAGCAAGCUGCUGAUUCUCGACGAAGGUACGUCUUCGAUUGAUUACGAGACGGACUCGAUCAUCCAGACGUCGCUGCGCACUGAGCUUGGCAAGGACGUGACCCUGCUGACGGUGGCGCAUCGUCUCCAGACGAUCAUGGACGCGGACAAGAUCAUGGUCCUCGACGCUGGACGCAUCGUCGAGUUCGGCAAGCCUAGCGAGCUGCUCCAGAACGAGAAGGGCAUGCUUCGCGCUUUGGUGGACGAGAGCGGGGACAAGGAGAAGCUGUACGCGAUGGCGAUGGGCGCGUCGUCGUCGUAGGUUUGAUUUAUGGAUUGUAGCCUUUGUUUCUUGGUGUACGCGAUCCCUGGUUUUUGCAUCCCAAUACUUGAUGUUCG